AGUUGCAGCAACCCUGCCCGUCCUGCUUUUGAUAAGGAUGGGACGAUGUUCCAUAAUUGGGAAUGGAGUGAGUGAUACACCGGGUAAUACAGUAAUAUAGAGUCAGUCUUGGCCUAAAUUAGUAGGGACCGGGGAGUGAUAGUGUGUUGUCUCUCUAUGUCCGUCCGUCCGUCUUCCUCCUCAGUCCAGCUUAUGAGAGCCCACCCAUCGCCUCUCCUCCAAGUACUCAUCCAUGUCAGGCGCGCUUGCACAUCCGGCUUCGUCGUCACAAGAUCAUCAGCAAAUGUGUGCGAAUUCCAAUUCCAACAGUGGUGACCAGAACGACGACGACGACUACGUCGUUGAUAGCCACAUCGUCGAACUCUCCAAGAUCAUCGAUCGUGAAAUACGUAGCAACACCUGGAAAAGUAGGUCAUCUCAUUCAGAGACGAUCUUUCGUGUGCCCAAGCCCAACAACGAGAAUGCUGGCGACAGGAUGAUGAGCACAUACCAGCCGGCAUUCCUAUCCAUAGGACCAUACCACGUCAACGCCACUGAAGAAAUGCGACGCAAUGAACAGGGCAAGCUUUCUGCGCUGGACCAGUGCAUCCCGCGAGGUAGCCGGCCAUCGGUUCUUGAGUACACCCAGGCAGUGAAAUCCAUGGAGGCCGAGGCGAGGCGCUGCUAUGAAGGCGACGUCGGGAUGGACUCCAACGCGUUCUGCAGGAUGCUGCUGCUUGAUGCAGUCCAACUGAUACUGCUGUUGGAAUUCUUCGGCGGUUUUUUCGCGGCGGACGACGACGACGACGAAGCUGCAUCUCCGUCGUCGUCUCCAUGUCAACAAGCAGCAGGUUGCAGAAUUAGAACUCGGGACACGAUCAUGACCGUUCAUGACCUCAUGAUGCUGGAGAACCAGAUCCCGUUCUUCGUGGUCGAGAAGAUAUACGAGCUUCAGAAUGGGAAUAAUGCUGCUGCCAUGAGACCCGUCCGUAGGCUAGCCUGGGAAGCCAUCAGGAACAUGGUUGGUGGAGUCCCGUCGUCGGCGCCCAACGACAACGACCUUCACUUGCUGGAGUUCCAGCAUUUGGUCCAUGUGUGCCAUGUCUAUUUGAAGCCAACGUGCCUAAACAUUGAUGCGCCCACGGAGAUUCUGAACAAGAAGACGGCGGGCAAGUACGGAAGAUUCCGGCGAGCUACGGAGUACUACGAGGCCGGCGUGACGUUCCGGCGGUGGUGCUCGUCGGAAGCGGGAUCGCAGCGCCGCCGCCGGCGGCCCGUGCUCGACGUGGCGUUCAACAACGGAGUCCUGUCAGUAGCGCUGCAGGACAUCCACGAGAAUACCGGCUACAUCCUCCGGAACGUCCUGGCGUACGAGCAGAAGUACAACCGGACGGCGAUGAGCCCCGACACCAGCUACGUCACGGCGUACGUGGUGUUCAUGUCGCAGCUCCUGGGCAGCGCCGAGGACGUGGCGCUGCUGUCGAGGCACGGGGUCAUGGAGCACCUGCUCGGCGACGACGGCGAGGUGUGCGCGCUCUUCCGGGGCCUCGCUGACGGCCUCGCCUUCGACCCCGUCAGCGACCACUACCUGAGUCCGGUCGAGGUGGCGCUGCAGGAUCACUGCCGCCACCGCCGCUACAGGUGGCGCGCCUGGAUCGUCAGGCACCGCUUCAGCAACCCGUGGCUGGUGGCGGCGUGGCUCUUCGGUGGCUCUGCUGUGCUGUGCACCAUCGUCCAGACAGUCUUUACUGUACUCUCUUACCUGCAGCAACCACACUAGGAGCCUGUUUUCAUGUCGUUUUAGCCAACAGUAUUUUUCAUUAUAAAAAAUCAGCGAACAAUACUUUUUGUUUGUCUUAUAAGCUGUAUUUUUUUAGACAAGCAAACAAUAUUUUUCACUCAUAAUAAAUCAGCAAAAACAAAGUUUUUUUUGAA